AUGUACUUCCUGGGGCUGCUGCUGUUAAUGCUCUUUCCACCCCUGUCUCUCCAAAAUUCACAUGACUCAGAGACCAAAGUCGCCAUGGGGAGAGUGAUCCUUUCUGCCCUAGGGAAAGCCACUUCCUAUUUGGAGAAGAUGUACAGGGAUUUUAAUUUAGAUGCAUUGGUGGGAUUUUUGAUGCUAAAAGCACAACUACAAGGUGUCCUGGAAAAAUGGGCCCAUGACUCUGACAUGAAACAUCUGACCUCGCACGUUGAGGAGAUACUAAAAAGGCUGUCAUUAAUCAUCCCCAGAGCCAAAAUUUUCCUCAAAAUUGUUGACUUCAAGUACUUAAAAGAAUUCCAAGAGACUCUACAGCCAGACUUUUGGAAGAUUCCUCUUUCAUGGAGUCACACAAACUCCUCCAUGAUGUACUCCAAGGUUAACAAUACAGAUCAUUUUCUAACAAAUAUAAGCGAUUCAUGCAUGACACUUUUACUCGGAUCCAAGGAGGAGAACAGACAGCCCUGCCAAGUCACAGACUUGUGCAAUAAAAUGAUGACUGCCACUAAACAAAAUGCUGCAGACCUGAUAAAACAGCUCUCUUACUUCCAAAUAGCCCAAAUGAAAAAAUGUUCAGAUGGACUGUUCCUCCGAUCAAAACACUACAUGGAUGUCUUUUGUACUAACAUGAUGGAAUUGAACUUGAGAAUAGAAAAAAAUGGAUUCUCAUUCCAAAAUAGGAGUCUCUUCAUGACAAAUAUCAUGCUCUGUGGAUUUUCUGGAUACUCAGAUUUCUACAAGAUUCAAUGGAUUAAGAUGAUUCUCAACUGGCAGAAUUCUAAGGAAGGAUGUUAUUGGAAGAUAUUUGUCAUUGGAAACAAGCCAUCAAUGAAAGACAAUCACCUUGAAGGUUAUUGUUCUGCUCUGAAUACAGCUGCAGCAGUUGUUUCCUUGGGCGGCUCUCUUUAUUACUUUACAGAAAAUUCUCCGCCCCAUUAA